AUGGCUACUUCAAACACUGUCCUCUCACUCUCAUCAGCCGAAAAGAUAGCCUCCUACCAACUCCUCCCGCCCAACGGCCUGGUCAGCGAGGCAGCUCAGGCAGCUCACCGCAUCAACCUGCUCAAUAGCUGGGGACCAGAUGUGAUCAAGCCCGGAAGCCGAAUCCUCGAGAUAGGCUGCGGGCAGGGCAACUGCACGGCCGUGCUGGCCGAGGCGGUUGGUCCGAGUGGCCAUGUCGAUGCAUACGACCCAGCCCCGCCAGAUUACGGCUCCCCAUUCACGCUCGCGGAGGCACAAGGUCACAUCUCACAGAGCGAAAUUGGCAAUAGGAUAACGUGGCAUCGUGAAAAGCCAUGGCAGCAAGAGGUGUCGAAUCCAGAUGGAGAGGUGGAGCCCAAACAAGAAUGGGACGUCGUCGUUCUGGCCCACUGUGUCUGGUACUUCAAGCAGCGCGAUGAGCUUUCGAAUAUCAUGAACCUCCUGAAGUCGAAAGUUAGGAAGGGUGGUAAGGUAUGUAUCGCGGAAUAUGCGCUGCACGCCACGGCAAAAGCGGCCUGGCCUCACGUCCUGGCUGCCUUGGCAACGGGAACCUUGCAGGCGCUCGGAAGUGAGGACAGCUCAGAGAAUAUACAGGCACCUCUUAGUCCUGAGCAGAUUAAGAGAAUUGCUCGGGACCAAGAUUGGAACCUUGACAGUGACGCAGUGCUUGUUCCCAAGGAAGGUCUUUUGGAUGGGAGGUGGGAAGCGGGAUCCGUGGCUAGUGAGUAUUUCUCAAAAGAGGUGGACCGCGUCGUUUCUGGUGAGGAUUGGAAGUCAAUUGCGAUCUUGAAAGCCAUGCGUGCUUCUGUACUGGUAGCGGUGGACGCCAUUGGUGGUGUAAAGGAGACACGAACGAUGGAUGUGUGGACAGGCGUCUUUUCCGUGGACAAGGGACAAAAAUGA